AUGUUUAACCCUAAAACGCGAUGCUACAGGAUAUCCGGGAUCGCUCAGAAUUACUGGCCGUGUAGCACUUUUCACGCUCCGUGGAAUGAGAAUAACGGGCUCCUGUCUGUCGGAAAACACAAGAGAAUCUGGCGCCAUGGGCUGGCGGCACCUAAGCUGAUUCAACCCAAGGUGAAUAUCGAGAAGCAGACCACCCUGGCUGGAUAUAUGGUGCACGCUAUGUGCUGGAGAGAGCUGCUCCGGGUCAUUAAAUGGCCGCAUACAGAAGAAAAUCUAGGCAUCCUCUCGCACGCGCUGCGAACACGCUGCAUGAAGGAACGUUUAGAUAUCAGUUAUGACGAGCCCGUGGAAUCGCAGCUACUGAUGGAUCCUAGAGAUCCCAUCGGUAUGACAUCUGUUCGACGAUUUGUAACUCGAUGCAGAUCUAGAGCUACCAGCAUGUCAAAGGUGAGCCAUACAUCAUGCUCUACUGAUUCAUGGCUCAUCCGUCUUCCGUUGGAGCUGCAAUACAUGAUCAUGGAUAAUCUUGAGUUUGACGAUGUAGGCUCGGUGCUGAAAGGCAUCCAAUGGUCAGUAGACAACGGAUAUUGGAAACGACGGCUUAAUCUAGACCUGUUCAGCGAGAUACGCGGCAUUUUACAUGAGGAUUUGGACUGGCGGUGGCUCUGUUUGAAACUGGAGCUUCUUGAACACAGUCAAGCGGGGACAGAUAGAAAGCGAUUUUAUGAAAUACUGAAAGAAAUCGGGAUUCGGUAUGGACUGGUAAAGGCUGAUGUGCAGUGUGGUCUUAUUGGAAGUCGUCCCCAUGCUCCAUGA